AUGAUGAUGAAAUCCAAAGGGAAGAGAGUUUUUGGAUCCAAAUCGAAGCUGGACUUACCAGCUGUCUUCUUCUUAUGCUUCUGUUUCUUCCUCGCCGGCCUGUUUGGAUCCAUGAUCAUCUCUCAGGAUGCUAGCGGUGUUCGAUCGAGGCGUUGGUUUUUAGAAUCGGUUGAGGAAGAGAAUGACUCGAUGCCUCAUGGAGAAACGGGUGAAUCUCGGGUUGAUACGAUCCCAUUUCAGGUUUUGAGCUGGAGGCCGCGGGCUCUGUAUUUCCCAAAUUUUGCAACUGCAGAACAAUGCCAGAGCAUAAUUGAAAUGGCAAGAUCAAAGCUUAAACCAUCAAACCUUGCUUUGCGAAAGGGGGAAACUGCUGAUAGCACCAAGGGAGAUAGAACAAGUUCAGGUACAUUUAUUGGUGCAUCAGAGGAUACAAGUGGGAGUUUGGACUUUGUUGAGAGAAAAAUUGCUAGGGUUACGAUGAUCCCAAAGAGUUUUGGAGAGGCAUUCAACAUUCUGCGGUAUGAGAUUGGGCAGAGAUAUGUUUCUCAUUAUGAUGCAUUCAACCCUGCUGAGUAUGGCCCACAAAAAAGCCAGAGAAUUGCUUCAUUCUUGUUGUACUUAUCUGAUGUGCAAGAAGGUGGAGAAACCAUGUUUCCCAUGGAAAAUGGUUCAGACGUGGGUGUAGGCUUUGAUUACAGAAGUUGCAUGGGCUUGAAAGUGAAGCCACGCCAAGGAGACGGGCUUCUGUUUUAUUCGGUGUUUCCAAAUGGAACAAUUGAUCGGACAUCUAUUCAUGGAAGCUGUCCUGUGAUCAAAGGGGAGAAAUGGGUUGCUACAAAAUGGAUCAGAGAUGAAGAUCAAGAGGACUAGUCAGGCAAUUUUGUUCACAAUUUAUUGUAUGGAAACUUAUUAAUGACAUUGCUGUAUUCUUUCUGCAAUGUACAAUGGUAAAC